AUGAUUUUAACAUCUUUCCAGUGGGAUGAACCCCAAGAUACACGGGCGAUCCUCUUCUGUGGCUUCCCUCGCUUGUUUAAAGACCAGAGCCUCAAUUCAAUGAAGCCGCAACAACAUCCCAGUCAGCGGGAAUUUGAUGCAACAGGCUCCGGUAUCUUGUCGCGGACUUGCCGUAUCACGGGAUAUGUACAAUCGUGGUCGUCUCCGUGUCACUCUACCCCCCCCCCCCCUUUUAGAUUUGUACCUGCCUCACCUAUGCCUCCGAUGGUUAGUCGUUUUAUUGCUGGCGACUGA